CCAGCAGGAUGCCAUCAGUCACCACCAGGUGGCAGCAGGGGACAGGAGAGGGGCCAGGCCCCACACAGGAAUAGCUGCUCCUGGGCCCGAUUGGUUGGCCGCCCAGGUGUCUCAGCCUCCUAUCUCCAUUCUAACAUAGAACCAUCUCCCCCAAAUCCUACACUUCCCGGGGCUCGCCUGCCAUAGAAGGAAAAUAAGUUUCGGGUGACCCUUCCUCGCUUCCUGCCGUGACGGGAUAAUCCCACCAGUCCCCAGGCGUGGCCUGACUCCUCUCGCCUCAGUCCCUCUGAGGCGACCUCCACCCCCUGGACCCUGCUAUCCACUCGGGCCUCCUGCAGCCCUGGGCCCAUCUCCCACUACCCAGACUCUCAGGCCCAGGAAGUCCCCUACCCCUGCCCCAGUGGCAUGCUGAGGCAUGUUGAGCAGAGCAGGGAUUCCCAGCCAAAAAGAAAGGCUUGAGCCCAACCCCAGAACCUGUCACCCUCAGCCACAAGCCAGGCAUGGCCGGAGGCCCGUGAUGCCCCAGCCCCCACUGUUCUUCCUCAGCGACCUCAGAUCUGACUUUCUCCCACGUCCACUCAACUCAACCACAAGCCGACUGCCCCAAGCACAGCACCCCAAGCCUGUUGCUCCUUGACACCCGUGGGGGCCCAGGGUGAGGACACACCCCUGGCUGUCCAACUUGUGCUCUCACUGCCAAGGUCUUGACGGGCAGGUUGGGCCCGCCCCCAGGCCAGGUGCCGCCUGUGGGGCAUAAAGCCUGCAGAGGCAGCUCCUUAGGGAGCUCUGCUAUCUGCCAUGAAGGGGAGCAGCACCCUCCUGCUGGUGGCCCUCACCCUGCUCUGCUCCUGCGGGCUGGCCAUCGGGGAUGACAACAGUGACUUUUUCAUGGACUUCCUGCAAACGCUGCUGGUGGGGUCCCCAGAGGAGCUAUAUGAGGGACCUCUUGGCAAGUACGAUGUCAAUGCAGAUGCCAAGGCAGCACUGACGGAGCUCAAGUCCUGUAUCGAUGGCCUACAGCCUAUGCACAAGGCGGAGCUGAUCAAGCUGCUGGUACCAAGGCUGGGCACAGCCUCAGCCAAGAAGUUUUCCACCUUUGCCCACCACUCCCUGCCCAGUGGUGCCCAGCAUCCCCUGAAUAGGAGGAAGCUACCCAGAGCCCCUGCAGAGCCAGGGAAGUGUGGUCAGUGA